AACAACUUCCGAUAGUCUGACGUAUCGACCAAUCAGAACAGCGAACGUCAAUCUCGCGCGGAAUUCGUCUUUUCCGCUUUUUCAUUGUUCGCGGGAAACUGAACACUUCUGAAUGAAACGUCUAUCCAGCAGGAGCAAUGACUCUUUUUCACCAUGUUGUUGAUCGAGGAGUUAUAAAAAGACGGUUCAAUGGCGAGCGUCGAGGCUAUCCGCUGUCCUCUCUGCUGGACGGGUAUCAGUGCGCGCGACAGGACGAACACAUUUCAUAUGGAGCCUCGGCUGCUGCUGUCCCGCCGUUUGGGUGCACGUUUUCCUCUGCUCCUGGUCAACAGAACAGCCUUGCUGUUGCAAAUGAAGAAGGGUUUGUGACCAUCUUCAAUACCAGAGAAAAAAAGAGCUCGGUCCUGAAAGAGUGGCAGGCACAUGAUAAUGCUGUUUUUGAUAUUGCCUGGGUUCCUGGUACAAACAGCUUGGUAACCGCCUCUGGUGACCAAACCGCCCGUCUGUGGGAUGUUAUCACUGCUGACCUGCUGGGAACUUUUAAAGGACAUCAAUGCAGUCUUAAAUCGGUUGCUUUUUCCAAGCAAGAGAGAGCUGUGUUUAGCACUGGAGGCAGAGAUGGGAAUAUCAUGAUUUGGGAUACAAGAUGCAGUAAAAAAGAUGGUUUCUACAGGCAAGUAAAACAGAUCAGUGGUGCCCAUAUGAAACCUGAAAGAUAUACACCUCAAAACAAGAAGAGGCGUGGGAUGGCGCCCCCUGUGGACUCCCAGCAGGGUGUGACAGUGGUUCUCUUCUGCGAUGAGAACAAGCUCAUCUCCUCGGGAGCAGUCGACGGGAUCAUUAAAAUGUGGGAUUUGCGGAAGAACUACACUGCGUACUACCACAACCCCCUCCCUCUACAGACCUAUCCCUACCCAGGCUCCUGCACACGCAAACUAGGAUAUUCUGGACUGUCACUGGACUCUACUGGCUCCAGACUGUUCUCCAACUGCACAGAUGACAAUAUCUACAUGUUCAAUAUCAGUGGAUUGAAAACCACUCCAGUUGCUGUGUUCAGUGGCCACAGUAACUCCUCAUUUUAUGUGAAGUCCAGUGUCAGCCCAGAUGACCAGUUCCUGGCCAGUGGUUCGAGCGACCAUCAAGCUUACAUAUGGAAGAUUUCAGACCCAAAACAAGCUCCCAUGAUGCUUCAGGGCCAUAGUCAGGAAGUCACAUCAGUGGCCUGGUGCCCCACCGAUUUCACCAAGAUCGCUUCCUGUUCUGAUGACAACACCGUUAGGAUUUGGCGCCUGAAACGCAGACCAGAUAGCGAAAACUCAUCGAACCGAGACGCAAACAUCGUAGGCUGGACACUUCGUAAAGUCCAGUCACCAACCAGAACACCUGGCCGUUACAACCCCGUUGAGCUCACUCCAGCCAAAAGUCCUGGUUCAGAGAGGGUGGUUUCUCUGGCUUCACCCCAGCCUGCUUCUUGUGCUCCUACGGGUGCCGAUUUACCCCUCCCAUCAAACACCUCUGCACCUUCAGCCAAGCUCAGCAGCCCCAAAAUCCCCUCGUCUAUCCAGCAGUGGGUCAGCCGCAGCAGCUCCCCGCGUCACCAGGGCACGUCUCCUCUCCGUAAGGUGCUCACGCCAGUCCUCCAGGGCCCUUCAUCAGAGCGCCGUGCAAAGCGACGGCUAGAGACGGGUGAUUGCGCUAGCUCUGGUUUGGGAGGGGAGGGUGAAGGGGUGUCUGAAUUGUAUCCCGACGUUAAGCGGAGCAGGAGUUCGGUGAGCGCAGAGAACUGUUCUGAGGAGAAAGGUGAACUAUUCAGUUUGAAAACAGAUGAGAGGCUCUGCUCGACUGGUCAAGCCGGCGCUGGCAAGGAGAACAGCUCUCCGAGAAGGAAUGAUUGGCUGUCGGUUAUCAGUCAGAGAUUUAAAGGAUCGACUCAACCCAAAAGCCCAAACGGCAGCAGCAAACGGCAAGAUGCAAGAACACACAGCGCUCCAGCAGCGAUAUCACCGCGUCCCAUGACGGUCAUCUCUCCAACACCAAACAAGAAAGCAUCACCCUCCAGACCCAUGAAAAAAAUCUCAAGCUACUUCAUGAAAAGAACCCAAGACUGAUUACUGUGUAGGGAGAGGAUCUCUACAUCUAUGGUUUAAGGCCAGGUUUUCAUUAGAAAAAAAGCAUCAAACCAUGAAGAAAUAUGCAGAUACUACUUGUAUUUAUGUAUGUAAUGUGUAUUUUUUUUUUUAAAUCUUGUUGAAUGUUUUUAAAUGUAUACGUUUCAUUUCCUAGAGAAGGGUCAAAUUGAUAAUCAUUUGUCAACAUUACAGAACUAGGCGUCAUUUGACACCAUAAUUAAACUACAAGUUCUCUGAAUCUUCCAUGUCAAUCUUUGAUGCAUUGAAAUCGUUUUUUGUAGACACUAUUUGAUUUAACAUGCGUUUUAAAGCAUUUGCAUUUAUAUAAAAUUCUUUGUAUGUCUAAUAAGCAUUGUUUUUUUAGCUUUCUAAAUGUAUAAUGCUUCUUAUUUGAGCAUGUCUGUCCUUAAACGUGGGGUCACAUUUUCAGAGUUUUAUAUUGAUUGUUAAGCAGCACUUUACAUAACUAACCCAUUUACAAUUUGCUCAGUGCCUUUUAGUUAUUGAACAUCAAUAUUGCAGUGAGUUUAAAAAUGAUUUGAACACUUUUUUUACACUGUACUAUAUCCUAUAGUUCGUUUUUAUUUUAAGUUUACAUGAUUUAAAGGUUCGUCCGGAAUGAGACUUGACCUGACAGUUCCGCUUCUGUGUUUUGAUCCUACUAGUUCUUGUUUUGCUUGUUUUUGCCUCAGGUCAUCAGCAUAGUUGAUCAAAACUGUGCUGGUUUAGAAAUGAAAGGGAUAAUUCACCAAAAAUUUACAUUUUUGUCAUUUACUCGCCCUCAUGUUCCAAACCUGUAUAAGAUUUUCAUCUGUUAAACACAAAAGAACAGUCUGAAGGAUGUUGGUGACAAAGUUGCCUGUAGCCAUUGACUUUCAUUGUAGGAAAAAAGAUACUAUGUAAGUAAGUCAACUGUCUGAUUGCUAACAUUCUUUAAAAUAUCUUGUUCAACAGAAGAAAGAAACUCGUAGGUUUGAAACAUUAGGGUUGAGAAAAUUACAAACCCAUUUCAAAUUAAAAUAUGCCUUUUUAUAUAUUUAUGUUCAUUCACGCAGAAAUGUGAAUUGUCGAACCUAUGUCAUGUGCCUAUCUUCUUUAUAAAGGAGAUGUUAUGUAGCUGACAGUCUUUUCACUUCUGAUCAAAAACGAUACAGUAAAGUAAAUGUUGACUGAAUUAGUAAUAUUCUCACGUUGUAUGUUCCAAAGAAGAAAGUAGGCCUACACGUUUGAAACAGGGAGAGCAAUGUUUUGUUUAUCUCCUCAUUUUUUACGAGUUCAUUUUGGGGUGAGCUGUUUCUUUAACUGACUCAUUCGACUAGGCUAUAAGUCUUACAAACUCAAUUGUUAUUUUAUGAGCAAUUGUUGAAUUUUUGUACCUAUCUGUUCACUUUUUUAUCAUUGUUAUCAUUAAAUAUAUUAAUUAUU